AGAGGGCGUUGCUGUACGUCAUUAAUGGCAGUGUCGUUGAAUCGACGUUUAUAGUGUGAAAAACAACACAAGACGAUGGCCACUGUACCUCCAAAUGCGCUCGUUAGUAAAAAGAAAAAACAUUUUAUAGGAGUUCCAGCCCCUUUAGGCUAUGUUGCCGGAGUUGGUAGAGGAGCUACUGGAUUUACAACACGAUCUGAUAUUGGUCCAGCAAGAGAUGCUAGUGAUGUUCCGUUGAACAUUUGCACUUCAGUAUUUUGCAAACUGGGUUCAAUGUCUUCUUACAUGCCAGUGGGGUCAUGUGAUUCUUAUCAUUACAUCAUCACAGCCUACAAAGUGUUAGUUAUGAGGGCUUUCAUCCACUCUUCUACUUUCCAAGCUCUUGAUGCUGAAUUAGCACUAAUAGAAGAGUUAGCCAUUGCUCAUAGUUACUCUAAAGUUGUACAUUGGCUAAUUGAUCUAUACCACUGGACCCAUCCAGGAUCCACUGAACAUUCCAUGAGAACCAGAAUACAAGAACAUGUUUCAGACAUGCAACAUUCUAGAACUUUCACGGCCCUUUCUACCUGUACAGAGAUCCAAAAUUAUGAUGUACUUCAUGCAGGCCAAACUUCUCACUACACCCCAUACGGAGCACCUCAGAUGGAAGCAAAAUUAAAGAAAGAAUUGGAAAGAUAUCGUCAGGAAAGACCAAAAAUUCAACAACAGUUUUCAGAUUUAAAGAGAGAUUUAGCAAGUGUUACAGAAGAUGAUUGGAAAAAUAUACCAGAGGUUGGAGAUGCUCGAAAUAAAAGACAAAGAAAUCCUCGUGCAGAAAGAUUUACACCAAUGCCAGAUUCCUUAUUAGCUAAAGCUGGUAUUACUGGAGAUACAGUUGCUGUAAUUGAUCCAAGACAACAGCCUUAUGGUGGAGGCUUGACAACACCAUUUCCUGGAUCAGCCACACCAGGUGGAUUAAUGACUCCUGGAUGGACUACCCCUAGUGCAGAUUUGGAUUUAAGAAAAAUUGGUCAAGCACGUAAUACACUUAUGGAUAUUAAAUUAAAUCAGGUAUCUGAUUCUGUGAGCGGACAAACUGUUGUUGAUCCCAAAGGAUAUUUAACAGAUUUACAAUCCAUGAUACCUACACAUGGAGCAGAUAUUAGUGAUAUCAAGAAAGCUCGUUUAUUACUGAAAUCUGUGAGAGAAACAAAUCCAAACCAUCCUCCAGGUUCAUUUCAGCCUACAGAUCUUGCUAAAGCUGUAAUAGCACAAGCUGUUCGACAUAUUCCUUCCUCUGUUCGUAUAUGGAUUAAAGCAGCAGAUCUUGAAAUUGAAAUAAAAGGAAAAAGAAGAGUAUAUCGAAAGGCACUUGAGCAUAUUCCAAAUUCUGUUAGACUUUGGAAAGCUGCUGUAGAAUUGGAAGAACCAGAUGAUGCUCGAAUAUUAUUAAGUCGUGCAGUAGAAUGCUGUCCUACAAGUGUGGAAUUAUGGUUAGCUCUUGCACGUUUGGAAACUUACGAAAAUGCUCGGAAAGUUUUAAACAAAGCACGUGAAAAUAUACCUACAGAUCGACAAAUAUGGAUUACUGCAGCUAAGUUAGAGGAGGCUUGUGGCAGUCACCAUAUGGUAGAAAAAAUCAUAGACAGAGCCAUUGCAUCUCUUAGAGCAAAUGGAGUAGAGAUAAAUAGAGAACAGUGGCUUAAGGAUGGUAUUGAAUGUGAGAAAGCCGGAUCUGUUUUGACAUGUCAGGCUAUUAUUCGGACUGUAAUUGGUAUUGGUGUUGAAGAUGAGGAUCGUAAGCAUGCCUGGAUGGAAGAUGCUGAUGCAUGUGCUUCUCAAGGAGCAUUUGAAUGUUCAAGAGCUAUUUAUGCUCAUGCCCUAUCAGUUUUUCCAAGUAAAAAAAGCAUUUGGCUUAGAGCAGCUUAUUUUGAAAAAAAUCAUGGAACAAGAGAAUCAUUGGAAUCACUCUUACAAAGAGCUGUAGCACAUUGUCCAAAGGCAGAAGUACUAUGGCUGAUGGGAGCAAAGUCAAAGUGGUUAGCAAAUGAUGUACCUGCUGCAAGAAGCAUUCUGUCAUUGGCCUUUCAAGCUAAUCCCAACAGUGAAGAAAUUUGGUUAGCUGCAGUCAAAUUAGAAAGUGAAAAUAAUGAGUAUGAAAGAGCUAGACGACUUCUAGCCAAAGCUAGAGCUAGUGCUCCAACAGCCAGGGUUAUGAUGAAAUCUGUGAAAUUAGAAUGGGCUUUGGGAGAUUUAAUAGAAGCAAAAAAUCUACUUGAAGAAGGAUUAAAACUGUAUCCUGACUUUGCAAAACUAUGGAUGAUGAAAGGCCAAAUAUUGGAACAAGAAAACAAGAUUGAUGAAGCUCGUGAAGCAUACAAUCUAGGGUUGAAAAAAUGUCCAACUUCUAUUCCUGUUUGGUUACUUCUGUCGCAACUUGAAGAGAAAGGAGGUGCACUCAUUAAAGCACGAUCAGUCUUAGAAAAAGCUCGGUUACGAAAUCCAAAAUGUGCCGAAUUGUGGUUAGAAGCUGUGAGAGUAGAACUUCGUGGUGGACUAAAAGAUAUUGCUUUGACUUUAAUAGCAAAAGCUAUGCAGGAUUGCCCCAAUAGCGGGAUUCUUUGGGCAGAAGCCAUUUUUAUGGAAGCACGACCUCAGCGUAAGACGAAGAGUGUUGACGCACUGAAACGUUGCGAACAUGAUCCUCAUGUUCUUCUUGCUGUUUCUAAAUUGUUUUGGACUGAAAGAAAAAUGAAUAAAGCAAGAGAAUGGUUUAAUCGAACUGUUAAAAUUGAUCCCGAUUUAGGAGAUGCUUGGGCUUAUUAUUAUAAAUUUGAAUUACUUCAUGGUACAGAGGAGCAACAAGAGGAUGUCAAAAAAAGGUGUGUUAAUGCAGAACCUCACCAUGGAGAACAUUGGUGUCAAAUUUCUAAAGAUAUUGCAAAUUGGAGGAAAAAAACAGAAGAGAUAUUAGUAAUGACUGCAAAUCAGUUAUCUAUUCCAACUUGA